AUCCUCGACGUUCUUCUGCUUCGUUUCAAUUGCUUCAAGAAAGGAAGAACAAUAGUUGGUAGAGGAAUCAAUAAUCCGGUCUUUUUCCCUGCUCGAUUCUUCGGCGCAGACGUCGUUGGCGAAUCCGAUCAAGCAUCUCGUCUUCGAUUUUUGUGUUUCUGUCUCUUUUUUUAAAAUCAAAUCGAUGGAUUUGAAGCUAAGAUCGCUAAAUAUUGUAGUUUUCAUUUGUUUCGUGUCGAUUGCACUUCAAUUUUCUCAUACGACCGCCGCGGUGGCCGCAGAAGAUUUCGAUCCUCCUUAUCCAAAAGCUAUUUCGGAUCUGAAGGAAGCGAUUGUGAAGGGAUUAGGAUUGCAAGCAGAUGAUUUUAAGAUAUCAGGCUUCGAUUUGAGAGAUGCUCAGGUGGGGAAAUCGGUAGCAUAUGAAUUUGAUGUGGAGAUUGAUAACAAAGUCAUGCCAUUCAAGCUCCUGGAAGAUAUAAAGCGUUGGGAGUAUGUCGAUUUGCCUAUUUUCCAAGCAGAGGAUCCUAUCAAGCAAAGCAAUAAAAAUGGAUUGGUAGAGAGUAAACAAGUAGAUGAUCAGAUGCCUGUUCUUGCACCUUUUCAAUUGGCAGGUCCUAUGGAGCUUUGGAUUCAAGAUGCCAAGGACAUGAGAAUCUCCUUACCUCAUGAUGUCGACGCUGGUGUGUUGAAGAAAGUGAUAUUAGCCGACGGUGCUGUCGUCACCGUCAAGGGUGCAAGAUCAGUCAGCCUCCGCCAUCAGGUGGAGCUUCCCCUCCCCCUGAACCAAUCCAACUCCGGCUUUGCAUCGGGUCUUUUAGCGCUAGCAGAGCAUCUACGAAACGCCGCGCGCAGCCAAGAUGGCCCUCUCCUAUCCCUCCGCAUCGUUGGCCCGACGUCGCUCACAUCUCCAACCUCGUCGCCCUCCAACAAUCGCUUAAAGCUCAAGCGACUCGCUCCCGGUUUAGUCGAGCUAUCGUCUGCAACAAAAAGAAAAUCCAUGGAAUCCGAUGCUGAAGCGCCUCCCGCCAUUGAUCUUCAAGGCGAAGCCACUUCCCUUCUCUCGCCGGAUCAAUUCAGCACGCUGUGGCCCGUCACCUCCAUCCGUGGCUCAAACUCCAACUUGCUCGGGUUCGAAUCGCUGCUGUCUUCGGUGUUAGGUCCUAAAGCAAACAAGAAAGGCUCUUUCAAGCUACUCAAGGCAGAUGUCUCUGCCCAGACUUUUAUAAAGAUUGGGUUUGGUGUGGAGAAGAAGAUCGCGAAUGGGGAUGAAUUUGGGUUCGAAGGGUUCCCAGAGUGGAGGACGAAGCCGGAGAGUUUGAGGAUGCAUUUUGAGGUGUUGGCUAAGGUGGAUGGGGACAAAGUUGUUCCGGAGAGGGUUGUGCAGAUCGAUCCGGUGGCGGCCGAGGACAGCGCGGCGCCGAGUGUGCUCGCCGGUAAUGUGUCGAUGUCGAAGGUUCCGGUGGUUCACCAGCCCCCGAGUCCGUUCAUGCUGUGAAAUCUCUCUGAGAGAGAAAGAAUGAAAGAGAGAGAGAGGGUUGUCUCUUUUUCAUCUUUUUGUUGGUCUCUUUCUUUCUUUCUUUCUUUCUGUUGAUAUUUGAAAUUCUUAUUAAUGGAUACGUUAUAUGUAACACAUGUUGCUACUGUUAUAUAGGAAGGGUUUUUUUCUUUU